UUUUCAUAAAUCAAACUUAGUAGUAAAUCAGUACUGAACUGUACAGCUCAGUGGAUUUUCACAAUGAGUUUUCAAGACAAAGUGGUUAUUGUGACUGGCAGCAGCUCUGGUAUUGGAGCAGCCAUCGCCAUUAAAUUCGCAGAGGAAGGUGCUAAGGUCGCUAUAGUAGGAAGAAACCAAGAGAAAUUAAACAAUGUCGCUAAGAAAUGUGGCAAAUCAUUAGUGCUCGUUGCUGAUGUUACUAAAGAUGAAGAUAAUAAAAGAAUUGUUGAUGAAACUGUGAGAGUGUUUGGCAAACUGGAUAUUCUAGUCAACAAUGCUGGAGUAGCUCAUUCUGGCUCUAUUCAAGCCGAGGACGCGAUGGCAACAUUUGACAAGGUAAUGACUACAAACCUCCGCUCAGCGGUUUACUUAACUCAUCUUGCUGCUCCUCACCUUGUGAAGACAAAAGGGAAUAUCGUGAACAUAUCAAGCGUUGUCGCAUUCCGAGUAAUUACGAAGGAAAUGUUUGCAUACUGCACGUCGAAGGCAGCUCUGGAUCAUUUCAGUAGAGCUAUUGCACUUGAGCUGGCAUCAAGUGGAGUUCGUGUUAAUAUCGUCAAUCCAGGACCUGUGCACACAGAUGCUUUUGUAAAUUUGGGUGCAUCAAAGGAACAAGAAGCAGCUAUCCUUAAACAGUUAGGAGAUGCUAUGCCUCUAAAAAGAGUUUCAGUACCUGAGGAGAUUGCUGAUCUAGUAUUAUUUUUGGCCAGUGAAAAAGCCAAAGCUAUUACUGGCUCUAAUUUUGUGACUGACAAUGGUGCAUCGGUAGGAUCUACGUCUCUCUCUCUUGACUAAAAUAUUUCCAACAUUCACUUACUUCCUAUUUGAUAUCCUUCUCAAAGGAUUAAUUAGUGUAACACUUAAUCAAGUUUUAUUUUUGCUAAACAUAAAUUAUGAAUAAGUUACUUA